AAGAAUCAAAACGUGUGGCAUGUUAGCUUGUGAUCGUUGACGAAGAUGGAUAUUUUGCAGGUUUCCCUGGCUUUUUUGGUUACAGUUAUAUAUUUAGGAUCUGUAAACGCUUAUUUUAUAUCCAUAGAUGCCCACGCCGAAGAAUGUUUCUUCGACAAAGUGUCGUCAGGCACAAAACUUAGCUUGAUGUUUGAAGUUGCAGAAGGGGGUUUCCUUGACAUCGAUGUGAAGAUCACAGGACCAGAUGACAAGCUCAUCUAUUCCGGCGAUAGAGAAUCAAAUGGGAAAUACACCUUUGCUGCUCACAUGGAUGGAAUCUACAAAUACUGUUUUAGCAACAAAAUGUCAACAAUGACACCCAAAAUAGUCAUGUUUAGUGUAGACGUGGGUGAAAAACCCAAAGGUGACAACAUGGAAACAGAUGCCCACCAGAACAAGUUGGAAGAAAUGAUCAAUGAACUGUCUACAGCUUUAACAGGAGUUAAACAUGAACAGGAGUACAUGGAAGUUCGAGAGAGAAUCCAUAGAGCUAUAAAUGAUAACACUAAUUCCAGAGUGGUUUUAUGGUCCUUCUUUGAAGCCCUUGUUCUGGUUGCCAUGACAUUAGGACAAGUUUAUUACCUGAAAAGAUUUUUCGAAGUGAGGAGAGUGGUGUAAGGGGAGAUAACUGCCAUAAAGUAUUUUCAGUCAUUCAUACAUUCAUGUCAAGUGGCCUUGAAUUUGGAGGAAAACAACAGAAGCCAGCUGGAGAAACUUCCGUGUUCAGUCAUGAUGAUGUGCCUCUUCAUUUCCUGUUCAUCUUCGACAACCCCUGUCAUUUGUGAAACUUUUGAAAGAAAACAAAAACCAAAAAAAAACAGCUUCGUUUAUAUUUGCCUCCUUUGAUUUGAAAAAUGAUUUUUCAUAAAUUAAUAAAUCAGGCUCAAAUAGAAUACAUGUGAUUCGGGCACAGUUAUGUAUUGGUGAAGAUCUGAAAAUUCAAGAAAACUAUUAAAACCCUCUAAUUUUUG